AUGGGACAUCAUCCUUCGCGCACCCCCGCACGCAGGGCGAGGGAGCUCAGACGCGAUCGCGAAUCCCAGCGCGCGUCGCGCAUUGCACACGAUAGCUCGUCGAUAGCGCCGCCCGCGAUGCGCGAGGGCUGUUUCAAGCCAAACGGGUGGCAUGCCAGGCGUGGCCCGGGGAUCGAGGGUCGGAUGCCCUGGCCCGCACGACCGGCGCCACUCCUGGACGAGCAUGUCGGCGGGCACACAGCGGGAGUACGUCCGCAGACCGCAUCCACCCUGCCACUCCGACCCGCUCCCAGCCCCAGACCGCAGCGGCUUCGAAAGGUGCGCGCGGGCGUUCGACCGCCCCAGGGGCCAGAUCGUGAACUCGCGCGCCACGCUCCGGGAAGCCUUCGCGCGAGGCCCACGAGGCGGCGGCGUGUUGCGCGGAAGAUCGUUGCGGACGGAAUCCGCUCCCAUGCCGCACCCGUCAUUGGCCCCGCGAGUCCCGCCGACGGGCCACGGCCACAGGAGAUCCCGUUCUGGGCGGACGGUGGCGACAAGCGUGCCCCGCAGGCGGAGACAGAACUAAGCCUUCGCGCACCCAAAGUCCGUGCGACGUCCGACAUCAAGCGGCGCACCCAGUCAAGGGUGAUCCACUGA